ACACUUGGCGAGGAGAAAUUAAGGGGAAGGGGGUUUUCCCAAGGGGUUUAGGGCAUGGUUUAUGGAAAUAGUUUUUGAAGGGUUUUGAAUUGUCUGCCCACAUGUUGAGCAAUUAAAGAAGUGGACGUGAGGGAUUUUAUAUUUGAUGUGCAAAAUAUCUUGAAUCUUCGAAAAUAAAACUGUUGUUUCAUGAUAGGGUUAGGGAUUUCGAAAUGUCUGGAAGAGGUGGAGAUAAAACGAAUGGGUUUAUUAUAGGAUUAAAAUAUUUUUGAGGGAUUUUUCGAGAAUGUACGCUUGGUCAUUGAAAUUGGAUUUUUAAAGGUAAUUCUCAUUCUCAUUGUGGGAUCAGAGCGCCACUAGGGAGUUACUAGGGAAUGUAGGGUUGUACACAACACUACUUCUCCCCCCCCCCCUCGCGCCAACCACUACACGUCGCCUCUCCCCACUGUCUUUACGCGGGCUUUAUUUACUUUUUACCAUGGAGUUACUUGAAAACCCAUCGAUAAAAAUCAAAUAUCAAAAAUGCAAACUACGAGUGAAACGAUGGGAGAGCGAUUACAUGGAGAAAUACGGUAGAAGACCCAACAAGAAUGACAUAAGAAAGGCAGACUCAAAGAUAAAAGAAUCCUAUAAAAUGUAUUGGCAGCUAAAGACGCAAGCCCUGGAAGAAACCCUUCUGGACAUCACCUUUACAGAUGAAAUUCAGGCAAACGUAUCUGCCAACGCUUUCUCAGACUCCCUCUCCAUGGACGCCUCCCUGAACUUGACCCUGAACACAUCUAAUAACUUGGAAACACCAGAAGUUAUAUCAAAGGACGCCAAUUUGGAAACCUCUCUGAAAAACGUGGAGAACAUUGACCCCGAAAAAUCAUCGACCAAAUCAGAGAACUCUCCAAAAAAGACAGAUUCACCUCUUAACACUUCUGACUCCAAAACAAACAAUGUUAACAUUGAGGGAGCCUGGGGUGAUCAUUUAAACAAAGUUCAGGAUAUCUCUAAGAAGAACACAAAACGCUUAGUGGGAAGAUCAACAUCCUUUCAAUUGUCCCAAAAGAAAUUCACAUCUGGGAAUUUCCCAAAACGAAACCCAAGAAAAUCCUUAUCGCUGACCAAAAUAAAAUCCAAAACCGAUCUGGAUAAAUCUGAGGGUGUGUCUUCCUCUUUAAAGAAUGGAAAAUCCUUCGAGACUGAUCAGGAAGUGGCCUUCGACGAUGAAAUAUUCGGUGAAAACGUAAAGAUAGCUCAAUUGGAGACGAAAAUAUCUGCCCAACCAAUCAAUGCUAUUCGAAAAUUGAUGAAUGGAGCUCCAAUACUUGCAGAAAGGAAAUUAAAUCCCGGGUGGCUGGAGAGAUGUGCCAAAGAUGUGGAUAUGGAGACUUUGCCUCCUGCCAAUACCCAAAGACUGUCAGGCAUCAGUGAUUCUGGUGUAGAAUCCAUGGACACAAGCGUCUUCUCACCUCUUGAGAAUACUCCAUCAAUCAGUGCUGAAAACUGGAGACAAAUUUCAGAUGACGAGGAAUUUGUCUGCAAUAGUGAUUCUGACGAGGAGUACAAUAGAAAGCGAGUGAGGAAUCGGAGAAAAACCUCUGAUGAAGGUUUACCAGAAUUUAAACGUCCGUGUCUUGGGCAGUUACAACAAGAAAUACCGGUUGAGAUAUCUCCACGUCUCCGAGUGCCUCAAGAUAUUGCCAUUAGUUCUAAAGUAGGAGAACCUGUUUUCAAUAACAUUCAAACUGUACCAAAAAAAGAAGAAAAAGUUGUUGAUGAUAAAUUACGAAGCGCCAAUCAAAUCGCUGAAAAUGUUGCACCGAAAAAAUUAGCAGAAUCAACAUCAACUCAAGCCAAAAGUAAACUUACCAGAAAAUCUAAAAAGUUAAGAUCUGAUGAUGAAGAGCAAGAUAAGGAGAAGCCAAACCCGAAGAAACGUCAAGUACGUAAACAACAAUCGGGGACAAAACCUCGCAGAGUCAGCCAAAGGACUACAAGGAACCGAAAAAACGUAGAAUCAGAAGACAAAGAACCCGAGGAAGCAUGUGAAGACGAACAACAAAUAAAAUCCGCUCCAAACAUUCCGAUCUACGGGGUUGAAGCUCUGGAGGUAGUUCCGAGGUUCGCAGUCCCCAAGGAAACGAAGGGCGAUCUGAUCUCCGAAUUCUCACAGACAAUAGGAAAAUCUCCGGCGUCCGAGACAUUAAUGAAAAAACCCAAAAGCCUCAUGACAGAAAAAGAAAAAUUCCAGGCAAAAAUAGAGUCUGGAAAGGUGAAUGAAAAUUUUGUACGAAUAAAUCUGAAGAAGAAGGUGUAUGUUCGGGGUAAACGUUCCUUCAAUUUCUCCAGAUACAGGAAGAAUCAGUGGAAACAGAAGAAGAAGGAACUGGCGUCAUCAGAGGGAGCACUUGAUCUGGCGGAUUUAGCUGAGAAGAACACGUGUUUUAAAUGUGGAGGGACUGGACACAUCUCUCGAACUUGUCCUGCGAUGAAGAGUGACCAAUUACUCCCUCUAGAAGAAACUCCCGACGAUAUUUCAGAGUUUCCGACUCUGGAAGAAGUGGAGAAAAUGGCAAACGAGGAAGCAAUUCGUGCCCAUGCAACGAGAAUCAAUCUCCUCCCAAAAUGUCCAUCAAUGUCCAGUAAAAAUCCAUCAAAAACGGACGAAGAAAUUUACUUUGACGAUAGCGACUUUGAGAACAUUGAUGAGGAGGAGGAGGAGGAGGAGGAGGAAGUGGCCAUGGUCGGUCAUAAAAUCCCGGAGGAUCUUGUCGCCAGACUAUUACCGCCAUUGAAUGGUGCAAUCGACCCUGUAUACUCUCUGCUCAGCACGGGACAACUUCAAGCGACCCCUAAAGAGGUGUUCAGCGCUUUAAAACUCUUUGGACACAGUAACUUCCGUCCUGGCCAGGAAAAAGCAGUCAUGAGAAUUCUCUCUGGUCAGUCGACCUUGGUGACGCUAUCCACAGGUUCUGGAAAGUCCCUCUGCUAUCAGCUCCCAGCGUAUCUCUACUCCAAACGAUUCCACUGCAUAACUCUUGUUAUUUCUCCUCUGGUAUCACUCAUGGACGAUCAAGUGACAGGAAUCCCAUCUUUCCUGUCAGCGGCUGCUCUUCAUACUGGCCAGAGUCAGAGUGUUCGAGAAAAAAUAAUGCAGACCGUCAGAGAUGGAAAUCUAGACAUUUUGUUGGUAUCUCCAGAGGCUGUUGUUGCUGGUGAAAGAUCAACGGGCUUUGGUGGUUUGUUGAGACAACUUCCACCAAUUGCAUUCGCUUGCAUUGACGAGGUCCACUGCAUUUCCCAAUGGUCCCAUAAUUUCAGACCCUCUUACUUGAUGAUCUGCAGAGUUCUCCUGGAGAAACUUGGGGUGAAAACAAUUCUGGGAUUGACCGCGACGGCAACCAGGCGCAAUGUUGAGAGCAUCGUUGAGUAUCUACGGAUUAGCGAUGGAGUUGGCGGAGUUAUCUCAGACAUUCCAAUGCCAAAUAAUUUGAUUUUAUCGGUCUCCAAAGAUGAGAACAGAGAUCAAGCACUGAUGUCCCUGUUGAGAACUGAACGAUUCACCAAAUGUGGUUCCAUAAUUAUUUACUGCACGAGAAGAGAAGAAUGUUUGAGAAUAGCAGGAACACUUCGAAUAUCUUUGCAAGACACAGUGGACAAGGGGAAAUCCAAACCGAAGGCAAAAGUUUCUCAGAUUGCAGAAGCUUAUCACGCAGGUUUGGCUGCGAGUCGUCGUAAAGUUAUCCAGAAAGCAUUUAUGAAAGGUGACACGAGAAUUGUCGUGGCCACAGUGGCCUUUGGUAUGGGUAUCAACAAACCGGACAUCAGAGCUGUUAUUCAUUACAAUAUGCCAAAGAGUUUUGAGGGGUACGUCCAGGAAGUUGGCAGAGCUGGAAGAGAUAAUUUGCCAGCUCACUGUCAUCUCUUCUUGAGUCCACAAGACGAUUGUGAUAAGUGGGAGCUGCGUCGUCACGUGCAUCAGGACGGAGUCGACAGACAUACAAUCAGAAAACUUCUCCAGAAAGUCUUCAUCCCCUGCUCUUGUCCUCAAUCCAAGUCUAAGAAUCGCUGUCCAGGGCACGAGGUGGCUAUUCCUAUCGACGAGACUGUUGCAGCGCUCGAUAUUACAGAGGAAAUGAUAUCAACUCUUCUCUGUUAUCUUGAGCUGCAUCCCAAGAAGUUUAUCACUGUUUUGUCCUCCGUCUACAUAUCCGCAAAAGUCUCUAGUUACAGUGGACCUAAAGCUCUGAAAGCUGCUGCUCAGUCCUCUCCACCAUUGGCAAUGGCCAUUGCUCUCGAUGCUAAACGGGGGAUAUCUCAUGAAAACAGCACUGUUAUUGAGUUCCCCGUGGUUGAUGUCGCCGCUGCUAUUGGAUGGGAUAGUGGAGUUGUUAAAAGUCAUCUUAAAAAUUUGGAAUGGAUCACUGUCGAAGGAAAGUCCAAGAGAAGUGUUAUUUCUGUGAAGUACGAAACGUUGGGGCUCAGGGUCAGAGCUCCUGGAGAUCUUGAUGAUGCUGAAUUGGACGAGGCUCUUGAAGCGCUCUUUGGGCGGGCCCAGUCUCAGGAAAAGUCUUCCUUGCAUCAAUUGGAAACCAUUUACGAGGCUUUAGAUGGGAUCAGCUGUAGAUCGAUACGUGAGUGUGUGGAAUUGAAUGAUGAGAUCCUCAAGAAGUCGGAGAGUCUUAAAGUGAAGAUCAGGGAGUAUUUCCAAUCUUCUGAACCUAUAGAAAUCGUCGAGAAAAGUGAGGGUAAACCGAUUGCUAACGAAUCAUUAAUCGUAUCUGAUGUUAGAAGUUUGAUUUCUAGUUAUAGGGAUAAUAAUUUUACUGGGAGAGCAGUGGCUAGGAUUUUUCAUGGGAUUCAGAGUCCUAAUUAUUUGGCAUUGAAUUGGAGCAGGUGUAGAUUCUGGAGAGCACAUCUGCAGACCGAUUUCAAUGUUAUUGUGCAAAUUGCUACUAGGGAAAUUUUAGCUUCUAGGUGACGAAUGGACGAGGACUGUCGAAGGGUUUAAAAUAAUUUUACCACUAAGUCAUUGAUAUCAAGGUGGGGGUAUUGAAAACGUACUAGUAUCAGAUAUGAAGGAAGUGCCUUCGUUAAAUUUCUAGCCAUUAUCCUCCUUGGUAGCUAAAUUAAGCAGGCAUUUUUUUGGUAGUAAUUAAAAUUAAUAAAAAAUAUGUUUACAUAAAAAUUCACAAACCAGUUAUAUUUCCAUGAAAUAUUCUCUUUAUUUUCUCGACUCUACACAAAAUUAUCUGUCAAUAACAUCGCGCACAUAUCGACUGAAAGCAGCUAUAAAAAAUUUUAAUAAUUAUUGAAUUCAUGUGACAGCUCUCUUCAUGUAAUUACACUGUUUAAAAAAUUUGUACAUUCUUAUCUGCUG